UCCGCUUUCUACCGGAAAUGCAGAAGGGAGUGUGUGGGGGUGGUCGCGCUGGUCUGGCCCUGCCAGGAUUAGAGAACCCUGAGCUCGCGGAGGGUGGUCGGGAUUCCGAGUCACGGGGCUGCACGGGUGGGUGUGCGAGAAGCUGGCGCGUGCACAGGGGCGAGAGCCUGCUGUGAACGCACAUGACCUGACUCGGUACCGGGACCUGUGCGGUUGGUCUGAUCACAGGCCUCAGCAGUGCUGGCUUGAAAACGUGUUUUCAGAAAUGCCAUUGCCCAUUCUAGUCAGACCCGCUUCCCUCCAUGACGUCAUGCGUAAAAAUGAUCGAUAGACGGGCCCUUUAGUCAGUUUCUGGUACUUUGGUUUUAGUUUUGUUGAGACGGCAUCACUGUACUGUCCUGGCAAGCCUGGCUUUGAACUUAAAGCAGCCUUCCUGUCACCGCCUGGGACUGCAGGUGUAUCCUGUGCUUACCCGAUUGGGAGGUCCGUGUUCAUUUCUGUUGUCUUCCACCUAAUCACAGUCGUCAUGGAGGCACCUCCAGUUACCAUGAUGCCAGUCACUGGGGGCGCCAUUAACAUGAUGGAGUACCUACUGCAGGGAAGUGUUUUGGAUCACAGUUUGGAAAGCCUCAUCCACCGCCUUCGUGGUCUGUGUGACAACAUGGAGCCUGAGACUUUCCUGGAUCAUGAAAUGGUAUUCCUCCUUAAGGGCCAGCAGGCCAGCCCCUUUGUUCUCAGGGCACGGCGCUCCAUGGACAGGGCAGGGUCACCUUGGCAUCUGCGCUACCUGGGACAGCCAGAGAUGGGGGACAAGAACCGUCACGCCCUGGUUCGGAACUGUGUGGAUAUUGCCACAUCUGAGAACCUCACGGAUUUCUUGAUGGAAAUGGGCUUCCGUAUGGACCAUGAGUUUGUUGCCAAGGGACACUUAUUCCGGAAGGGCAUCAUGAAGAUUGUGGUGUACAAGAUUUUCCGCAUCCUGGUCCCAGGGAACACAGACAGCACAGAGGCCCUGUCACUCUCCUAUCUUGUAGAAUUAAGUGUUGUUGCACCAGCCGGGCAGGACAUGGUUUCUGAUGACAUGAGAAACUUUGCUGAGCAGCUCAAACCUCUGGUUCACCUAGAAAAAAUAGACCCCAAAAGGCUUAUGUGAUUAUGAAGGUCUGUCCACCCUGGAGGCCUGUCUUCACCUAUUAGACAAAAGGUGUUACAAAUGCCCCAUUUCACCACAGCCAGCCAGGCAGAUUUUGUCCUGGAAGAAGGAAGAGAGAAUUGAGUUCUUUCGCUGUUUCCUUCAUAUGGUGAUUUCACCUUCAUGACGGCCUUUUAAAAUUAAUGGUCUAGAAUAACAUGGAGAAUUUGUCCAAGCCCCUCUGCCCAAAGUGUAGAAACUAGAUUAAAUUAGCUUUUGGAAAGAAAACUCUCCCUGGGCUUGGGGGAUGGCUCGGUUAUAAGCACUUGCUGCUGUUGCGGAGGACCCAGGCUUAGUUCCUAGCUAAUAACAUCUGUAACUGCAGGUUAGGAAGAUCAGACGCCUUCUUCUGACCUCGCUGGACACCUGUCCACAGGUGAUACAUAUAAAUUUAAAAGAAACUCGUUGUUUUGCCUUUUUUCUUUGCUUUCGUUUUAGUUUUUAGUGUUUUCCUCUUUUGUUUUUUAUGGGUUUUUGUUUGUUUUGACAUUUGUAUAUAAGGUUUAUGACAGUGUGAGCUUAUGUUGUAUGAUAAUAAAGGUUCUAGAAAUGCUUAUA